UAUAAGCCAUAGCGUUUUGGCGCGCGAAGUCACGCGAGUUCUUCCGGUUUCCAUUCGGACUCAGACCGGACGGGAUCGCGGCAAUGGCUGCCACGAGCACCGUUGGCGUGGAUGAGCAGGAGCUUCCCCUGUUCGACCCUUCACCGUGCGCCUACUACGUGCAGAGCCCCUCCGCGGCGUCGCACACGCUCAGCCACCCGGCGUCGGAGUCCACGGCGAUCAUCCUGUCGCCGUUCCCCGACGCGGCGUUCUCCGUCCCGCGCCACUCCCGCGGCGCCGACGACGUCGGCGCGCACGACCACGACCAGGAGGCAUCCCGCCUGACCCUGUCCCGCUACUCCUCCUCCCGCGGCUCCAACAACUCCUUCCUCGCCGCCGCCGCCGACAAGAAGCUGCCGGCCGGCCACCGGGGCCGGCAGGUGCUGAGGUUGCUGUCGGGCCGGUCAGGCCGCGGCGUCGACGACGACGACGAGGAGGUGGAUGGUGAGGUAGGCCGGCGGAGCGGGGCGUGGAGGUACGUGAAGCUGGACCCGGACGCCCCCUGCUGCUGCAUCGUGCUCCAGGUGGCGUGGAGGGUGGCCGUCAGCGUGGCCUUCGCGCUGCUCGUCUUCUUCGUCGCCACCAAACCCCGCGACCCCGCCGUCUCCUUCAAGGUCGGCAAGGUCCAGCAGUUCAGCCUCGGCGAGGGCCUCGACGGCUCCGGCGUGAUCACCAGCUUCCUCAGCUGCAACCUCACCGUCGUCAUGGCCGUCGACAACCACUCCAAGGUCUUCACCCUGCACGUCCGCCCGCCGCGUCUCGACAUGUCCUUCGGCCGCUUCACCUUCGCCACCUCACAGGGCGAGGAGGCCUACGACGUCGGGGCGCGAGGCGCGAGGUCGGUGAGGCUGUUCGUGGCGGCGGAGGGGAAGCCGAUGUACGCUGCGGGGCGCGGCAUGCAGGACCUGCUCGAGUCCGGCGGCGGCCUGCCGCUCGCCGUCACGGUGAGGGCGCAGUCCCGGUACCGGAUGGUGGGGAGCCUGGUCAGGCUCAGCUACCGUCACGACACCCAGUGCGUCGUGCGCCUCAGGAGGUCGCCGCGGCGGAUCGACGCCAUCGACGCCGCCGGCUACACCUGCACCGCCGAAAGAUAGAUAGCCUCAUGUUAUUAGCGAUCUAAAAGCCAGUGCAAAACUAAAUUUAAGUAAAAAACCUUAAAUCAUAUUCAAAUUUAAGGCUUAAAAUUCGAAUCCGGCUUAUAAGUAUAAGCGGAAACGAAAAGACGAUAGUCAAGGUCUGUCUCAUAAGUCAUAACUAUUUGGUGAUUUUUACAAAUCUAUAACUGGUUUUUUUUAAAUUACAAGGAUAUUGCUGGUGAUUUUUUUUUAAUUUUAGAUAACGUUUCAAAACCGCGAGAAAUUUACGAUUGUCCCUAACUAUUUAGGCUUAAGUGCUAGACUCGAAACGCUAGGUGUGGG